AUGGAGAACAUUUGGGAUGAAAAGUUAUCGUCUUAUGAAAUCUUAGGUCUUUCGCCCAACGCAUCGGAAGAUGAAGUAAGAAAAGCCUAUAAAUUAAAAGCAUUAGAAGUACAUCCUGAUAAAAAUCUAGGAGACGAUGAAGCAACAAAACGAUUCCAGGAACUUAGUUUUGCUUACAACACAAUUAUUGAUGAUGUUGAAGACAAUAUAGAUGAAUAUUUUGACAAUGACAUUAAUGAUUUGACAGACGAUGAAUUCUGUGAAAUCCUGUUUUAUUUCGUGCUUCAUGAAGAACUUUUGAGAAAUGGUGAUGACACAUUCAUUAAUCCAGGUUUUAAUAUUGAUCUAGAGAAAGAAGAAUUCUACAGACAACUUUUACAGAAAAGAAAAAAAAAUGAAAGACGUGAAGAACCAGAUUUCACCGAAGAAGAGCUGCUUAAGUUACAUGGUCACAGUGUUGGUGAUGAUAAGAAAAACACCAAGUCAAGGAAACGUAAAUCCAAGAAAAAACAACCAGUUCCAGUAACCAAGCCAAAAUCACUUAGUAAAAAGCAACUGUUGAAAGAACAAAGAAGACGUGAAAAAGAAAUUAAUGAGAUUAGCAAGGAGUUGAACACUAGAGAUGGUUCAGAACUUGAACCAAAGGAAAACUGCAGGAUGCGCAUUGAUAAGCUUGUAUUCAGAAGUUUGGGACGUACCGAUGAAGAUGAAAUUAAAAGACAAAAGCAGGAAAAAGAAAGAGAAGAAGAACGUUUAAACAAGUUGUUACUGGAAAAUGAAAAACGACAAGGAAAAAAACGCAAGAAAUCAAAAGAAAAAAAAAAACUACCACUAUUUGAUGAUGAAGAGCCAGAUACAGUACCUGUUAAUUCUUUGUUUAAGCCAAUCAUUGACCAGGAUGAGCAGCCAAUCAUUAAACAUGAUAAGCAGACAAGCUACCAAUCCACAUAUAUUACCAGUGAUGAAUUGAGAAGAAAAGCAAAUAAAUCUGCUGAAGAAUUAAAAGAGUCAAGAGAAACAGAUCUUGAGAAGUUUCUAUCCAAGGUGAAGUCAGUGAAAUCAAAAAAGCACCAGAAACCUGAGAGAGAAACCCAGAAGAAUAAGAAGGGAAAAGUUACAGAAAGUGGGAGAGAUGCAGCUCUACUACAAAAACAUCUGUUUCAAUUUGAAGAAUUAAUGAAAGUUCAACCAAAAAGACACACAGAGAAGCAAAUCAAAGAGAUGAAAGAAAAGAAAACACUAAAUGAGAUGAAGAAGUAUGAUGAUGACUUGAUGAGAAUGAGACAUCUGGGGCAGGUAUUUAAUGAAGACCUAAGAAAUGCUAAAAUAAAGGAAUUACAGGAGAAAGAAAGGGAGAGAAAUCAAAAAGAAUGGAAUGAUAUCAUACAAUUAUCAAAACGAGCAAAAAAAGAAACUACAUGCUGUGAUAAUAUCGAAAGUAUUUGGGACAUCCCAUCACAUAUGAAAACACAAGAGUCAAACAAGUCCCAGAAAAUGAAUCAAGCGCAAAAAACAUCCACAAGAAAAAAGAAAGCCAAAUCUUCGAGAAAACAAUCUGUUAUGAAUGGACCAUCUUUUUUCACUUCAUCAUGUGAUAAUACAAAAAUUACACCUCCUUGUAUAUCUAAACCUUAUGCAGAGAUUGCUAAGCCACCAAAGUACAAUGCAUGGAAUCAAAGGCAAAUGAUACGUAAACUGCAACCAAGUACAGCAGCUGAAGAACAACACAUGUUACAGAAAGCUUUAGAACUGAGUAGACAAGACAAUUUUUCUGCCAGUCACAUCGAGGAUGAUAACCUACUUCAAGAAGCCUUAGCUGAAAGUCGCAAGUCUAUCUCAAGGAGUGUUAGAUGUAACGAACCUUGCAGGUCAAACAUUGAUCCGAUAUCUGUCUAUGAUAACAGUGAUGUAAAUAAACUAUAUGGACAAAGUGCAAACGGAAUGUUGGAUGACAGGAAUAAUAGCAAUAUAAAUAUUGAUGAUCUGAUUUAUUGGGAUAUAGAAAAUGAGGAGAUAAGCUCUAGGUCUGAAACAUUGGUCUUGGAUUGCUGUGACAAUGCAGAGACAUAUAACAAACAACGUAAUAUGGAUUUAACAUCUGAGCAGCAGAUAUUGGGUGGUGCAAUAUCCUCCAAGUGUAGUAGUGAUGUACCAGUAUCAACACAUACCACUUUGGCAUCUUCACUUAGCGCUCAAGAGGUGGAAAAACCACUAAUAAGUAAUAUCAACCCUACAAGAAGGCAUAUACAAGCUGAAGAAGAAACAAUGUGCGAUGAAUCGGUGAAGAAGUUUGUUUCAUGUUUCAAUAAACUUGAUCUGUCAUCCAGGAAGUGUAACAGCGAACAGAACAAUGACUUAAUAUCUGGCAGAAAUGCCGGUAGUAUUAAUAAUAUUCCCAUUAAAUCAAGUGGUAAUGGUAAAAUAUUUGGCAAUAACGACCUAUUGAGAAAUAUUGCCAUGACUACGAAUGACAGUGAAAAGAUGAAUGAAACUAAACAAACAAAGAUAUAUGAUGAUAAAGUUGAUAGAGUAAAUACAGCUUGUAUUUCUUCUGAUUUGAGACGCCUUCAACAUUUUGGUCUGAAAAAUACUAUUAAUGGAGAAACACUCUACAAUGAAACAUCUACUUUGGCAGACACCAAUGAUAGAUCUAUUGGUAUGGCAGUCACAACUAAUUCAUCAUCAAAUAAUAUUGGGAAAAACACUGAUGUUUUUGCCUCGCCUGAAAUUGAAAAUGGUGCAGGAUUCUCUGUUAAUACUCAGAAUGCAUUAGUUUCCUCUUCAACAAGAAGAGCUGACCUGAAUUUCACAACCGAAAAAUCAGAUAGUAAAACUUCUAGCAAUAACAAUUUGAUUGGUCUUGCAACAAAUGGAAUUAAUGAUUCUAUUCGCCAAUUUGGAGAUGAGUUGCACUUUCCAGUUACUAAUGAGUGGGCAAACUCGCAUCUACCAAACUGGUGGAAUUUGCCAAUGUUUCCCCCAAUUACUGGAACGGUGCCAUUGAUUCCAUACACGCCUUUCAACUAUCCACCAAACCCAACAGUCUUUAGCGACAUAGUAGAAACACGUGCUACUGAAGCUGAAAGUAAUGGAGUACAGAAGAAGAAUGUCAGUGAUAUCGGUUUUACUGAAGUUCCAAAAUCGCAUUAUGAUGAGUCUGGGCAACAAAGGCUGCAAAAUAAAUCUACACACUCCCUGACAAUUGACAAACCUGUGCUUCAGCCUAUAAAACAGCCAACUUGCAGCAUUUCAAUUGACGAAUCAGUUUCACCGAUGGUAGUUUUGAAAGCGCAACACAAUAAUCCAGCCAUAGAUACUGGAAAACAUCUAGAAGACAAGUCAAACCAGACAACUUACUCUGUAACAGACCUGCCAACAUCCGACACCAGUCCCAUAGAAGAAAUCAAGUCAGAGGUUGCUACUAAAAAUCCUGUUUUUGCAUAUUCCUUGAAACAAAAGUUGAAAACUGUGCCUGAUAAACAGCUUAAUAAAGAUUUGGGUUCUAAUGUGGUUUACAGGCGACUGCCAAAACUUUAUAAAGAUGCCUGUCACCAAGAACAAAUAAAUCGUGCUAAGGACAUAAAGUCUAUAGAUGUAACAUCUUCAAACAGUCCAAGCAAAUCUAGCAAUAGUUGUAAUGAUAAUAGAAUGAAAUAUGAAUGUCCCAAGAGUGAAGAGACAACAUUACAUCAUCAAAUAUUCAAAGAUAAAAGAUUUGAAUAUGAGAACUUGCACAUGCGGGGUGGAGACGGUGAUGCUACAGAACAAACUCCACCCAAAAUAUUUGAGAAUUUGAAAAAUAGUAGAAUAGGAUACGAGGAGAGACUUGCCAAUGGUCGAGAUACCAAUGUGCAAAAUUCUUUUAAUGAAUUGAAGAGCAGCAGUGAGGUUUUAGUAGAACAUCAGAAGAAGCACAAUCCUGGGAGCGAUGAUGACGACGAUGACGACGACUUGUAUCAUGCACAUUAUGCCCACAGACCAGUAUAA